GUUUAUGAUUUUCUGUUUACUGUAUUUCUGAUGUUAUUUAUCAUCAACAGACUAUUCUCCAAGUAUCACCAUCCCCCACUUAUAAAAUCAUCAACAUUUCUCAGAAAUUAUUGUUAUUCUGGUUCAGCAGCAGCAGCAAUAUCCACAACAACAGCAGCAGCAACCCAUUACAAUUCUAUGGAGAUUGAAAAUCUUGAUGAUACAAUAAAAUACUUCAACAAAAUGAUCUCAAUGAACCCAUUACCAUCAACGUAUAGUUUUAAUCAGCUAUUAAUCUCAAAUUCAAACAUUGGUUGUUAUACAGCUGUUAUACUUGUAUAUAAAAUGAUGAAUUUAGUUGGCAUAGAACCAAAUAUCUAUACAUUCAACAUUCUAAUCAAUUGUUGUUGUAAACUGAGUCAAUUUGAUUACGGGUUUUGUUUGUUUGGUGAAAUUAUUAAAAGGGGGUAUGAGUCUAAUGUGAUUACUUAUGCCACAUUGAUUAAAGGUUUAUGUGAGCAAGGACUGAUAGGUGAUGCUUUAAAAGUGUUUGAGAAAAUGACUGAGAAAGGGGUUCGCCCGAAUGUUGUUGUAUAUAAUACUCUUAUAUGUGGGCUUUGUAGGAUUGGGGAAGUGGGGCGUGCUCUUGAGUUGCAGCGGAAUAUGGUGAAAUGGAAUGUUAGUCCUAAUCCGAUCACUUAUAAUACUUUGAUUCAUGGGUUCCACAAUGUUGGUAAAUUAGAAGAAGUAAUUGGGAUGUUUGAUGAUAUGUCUAGCCGAGGAAUUGCUGCUAAUAUUGUUACUUAUAAUUUUCUAAUUCAUGGGUUAUGUCAGUGUGGUCGGCGGAUGGAAGCAAUACAAUACUUCGAUCGAUUAGUGGAACUAGGGAUGUCACCUGACGUAGUAACGUUCAAUGUGUUGUUAGAUUCUUUUUGUAAAGAAGGGAGAAUGAGAGAUGCUCGUCGGGUCUUUCAAUGUAUGAUUAAGUUAGGCAAGGAACCUAAUGUGGUUACUUAUACUUCGAUGAUUAAUGGGUAUUGCAAGAAUUGCAAAUUGGAUGAAGCUAUGCAACUCUUUUACACUGUGCAACAAAAGGGUUUCAAACCCAACAAAGUUACAUAUGGUGCACUACUGGAUGGGCUUUUCAAGAACCAACAAGUGGGCAAAGCAAUUCAACUAUUUCGUUCGCUGGAGGAUAAUGGCUUCGAAGCUGAAAUUCUUAUGUACAAUAUACUCAUUGAUGGGUUGUGCAAGGCUGGGAAACUGGAAUGGUAUGUCCUUUGAGGCUGAGAAAAUUUUUGUCGAAAUGGAAGAGAAUGGCUGCUUACCUAAUGCUAUCACGUAUAACACCAUAAUUUUAGGAUUUUUUCGC